UCCAUGACACAGGCCGAGGAAGCCACAGGUGGUCGAUUCUUACUCAAAGGAAAUGUGUCUGAGAUUCGAAGGCAAUACAGCAAGCUUGGUGAAACCCUGAAGCUUUUUGCUAAACCAGGUCCUAAAAAUAUUGAUAAUGCAGAGGACUACGAGAUUCGACCCGGAGUCCAGGUGCGCGUAUAUAAGCCCCAGGAAAGAGAAGGUAUACUUCCGGUCGGCGUAUAUUGCCAUGGCGGAGGAUGGGCCCUAGGCGACCUCAACAGCGAAGACACAUUAUGUCGAAUUUUGUGUGUUUCCGUGCCUACUGUUCUCGUCUCAGUCAAAUACAGACUGGCACCUGAGCACAAAUAUCCCGCUGGUCUCGAUGAUUGCGAAUUUGCUUAUAAGUGGGCUGUGGACAACGUGGAAAUGAUUUCCGGCAACAAAAAUCGCUUCUACUCGAUUGGAGGUUCGGCAGGAGGCAAUCUUGCUAUUGCAAUGGCCUUGAGAACCCUCGAAUGGGAAGGGCCAAGGAUCAAUAAAGGACUAAUCGGGAUUGCACCAAUCACUGUAGACCCUUCUGUUGUUCCUGUUGAAUUCAAGCAACGGUUCGAGGAGUCUCUAGCAAAGAAUACCGACUCCUCUAUGAUUGACAUACCAGUUAUGGAGACCUUUCGUGCUGCGUAUGGAGUCUCAUCCCGAUCUGAUCCUUUCUUUUCAGUCCUUCUCCAUAAGAAUCUGGACGCCCUCCCGACGACGUAUCUCGUCGCAUGUGAGAAGGACCCGCUUGGUGAAGAUCCUCAAAUGUUCCAUGAGGCUCUCCUUCGGGCGAGAGUGACGAGCAAACUCGAUUACUACGCAGGCUACCCUCACUAUUUCUGGACAUUUCCCGUACAGAAAACGAACGAGUUUAACGAAAAUCUCAUAUUGGGAGUGAAGUGGGUGAUUGAAUCGAUGCCCUAA